AGCAAACGUACAACAAUUAUUAACAUUUGCUGGGGCCCUCAUGAGGCUGGGGAGUCAGUCAGUGGAGGAGAGGAGCUCCGGGAGCAGGCUCAACUUUCCCCGGGACACACUUCGGCGUCAUGACUCUCUACCACGGCCGCCUGUCGUCGCUCGGAGUGCCAUCCUCAGCCCUGAGCCUCCCCGGUCCCCCGCUGAUCUAUUUGUACGGAGGGGACAGCGGGGGGGUGGUGCCGGCUGGCUUGAGCUUCGUGCCGGCCCGGCAGGAGCCUCCGCAGAAGCCGCCUUACAGCUACAUCGCGCUCAUCGCCAUGGCCAUCAAGAGCGCACCGGAGCAGCGCGCAACGCUCAGCGGCAUCUACCAGUUCAUCAUGGACCGCUUCCCCUUUUAUCACGACAACAAGCAGGGCUGGCAGAACUCCAUCCGCCACAACCUCUCCCUGAAUGACUGCUUCAUCAAGGUGCCCAGAGAAAAGGGCCGGCCCGGCAAAGGCAGCUACUGGACGCUGGACACCAAGUGCCUGGAUAUGUUUGAGAACGGCAACUACCGCCGGAGGAAGAGGAAGGCGAGGAGCCAGCAGGAGGCUGUGGACUCCAAAGCCACAGGACACAAGCGCACCAAGGGCCCGGUGCCAUUCAGGGACCCUCAAUCCUCUCUGAAACAUCAGGCUGGCUCGAGGGCGGCAGAGGUACCACCGAGGCAGGACACGGAGAGGAUGGAGACACAGCCAGACACCAAAGCUGUUCUUGUCGAGUUUAACCACGCUGAACAGCCGCAAAAUCCCCUCACACAGAGACUUAAAGUGUCCAACCAGGACACCCCUGCGCCCACCGGGAGGAGGCUUGACGUCCCGCAGACUGAACCAUGUCCGGCUCCGAGACACGCUCCGUUGUGGGUGGACGGUGCGCAUCUCCUCGGCGCGUCCCUCCGCCGGGAGCCAGAGGACAGAAGGUCAGCGUUCAGCGGAAGAGACAGAGAGAGAGGUCCGCUCUGCGCCGUCAGCUGCGCAGGAAACACAAACUUGGCUGCACUUGCGCAGGACAGGCCGAAAGGAAACGUUGCGAGCGGCGAUAAAUUGAAGGGGUUUAGCAUCGAGAGCAUCUUAUCGAAAAGCGAGGACGAAAUGCGCGGCAGCAUCCUCGGUUUGUCAACGGGGACAUGCGCAGAGCGGCAGAGUCCAGCUUUCAGUCCGUCCGUGGUCCUGGGCGGACGACCGCAUCAGUUGUACCAGAUGGGAUUCCCCUUCUGCUCCUACAUGUCACUCACCUACCCAGACAAAGUGUUGCAUUUUAAAUGAGUACAUUUUAAACCUUCAUGUAUUUUACGCAUGGACUCGUGAAAGUGUAAAGUCUGUAACUAGCUUUGCAUGAUGCGUUUCAAUGGGACAGCUUACUGUUCUGCUCUUUUCCGGAUCUCUGCCAUCUUCAUCGUGUACAGUGAUGUUCAGACAGCCACAAAGAGCAGCAGGAAGGCUUUUAGAUUCAUUUUUACGCAUGCACAGUCGGCAGGUUUGUGGCUAUUUUCACUGAUUCCCGAACUGUUGCUCCUCCAUGAUAUGGGUGCGCAAUUUAAUGCUUCACACAACAGAGCGGUGAAAAUACGGAGUCGUCAUUGUCACCUAACAUAUAUACAGCAUUUCUCUCUUCAUUCGUGUUGAUGAAAAUCCUGAGAGUAAAUUUGUUCGCUUGACUCAAAGAAGAAUCUUGAACAUAAUGGCUGGGCCUCAGUGUCCACAGCUCUGGAGAUACUGUACAAUAUGAGAAUAAAAGUUUAGUACUCAGUAAUGUAUACAAAUGCUGUUUUACAUUCCGCUCUGCUCUGAAUUUCACGCGCAAAAUAAAGUUUAGUUUGAUAAUAAAAUGACGGCAUGAUUCAUUUGACAUUGUGAGUCGGAAGUGGGAUGCCGUUGGAGGACAGGGGGCUGUUUGAAUGACACCUGAAGUUAUGAAAAGUUGUUUUUUAUUAAGAAAAAAGAGACUGAUAACAUGUACACUUGUGUGUUUUCUCUUCAGCUCUGAAAUAUAAAGCUUCUGAUAUUCAU